AUGGAAGAAGUCUUACCUCUCGGAUUUAGGAUCCCCAAUCUACCCCAAUUUGACGGGACCGGAGAUCCCCAAGAACAUUUAAAUAACUUUUACGCCAAGCUUGACCUCUACGGCCUCAGUAACGCAGCUUACUGCAAGAUUUUUCAGACUACGCUGACUGAUCAAGCACAAGUUUGGUUCAACGGCUUGCCCGGAGGGUCCUUAGACAAUCUGGACCAACUAGCGACACAUUUCCUUAACCACGACUCAAGGAAUAAGAAAUAUGCCAAAACUGGAUCGUAUCUCUUCAAGGUCAUACAACGAGACGGAGAGCCACUCAGAGAUUACAUACAACGAUUUGUCAAAGCUGUACAUGAAGUGCGCCACGUUACUCACAAGAUGUUAGCCGGCAUACUACAACAAAAUUUGAAGCAUGUUCGUUUUCGAGAGUCCAUCGCGGGCCGACCCCCUAAGACCCUAGAGGAGCUCUUGAAUCACACUGAGAAGUACGUUCGGAUUGAGGAAACUGCAGACAUGAGGGUACCCCUUAAGCGAAAACGCGAUGAUGGAAGCCAUAACUAUAAUAGAAAAAAAGAGAGGCAUCCCGCCAAAAAUCGCACAUCCGAGAAGUUCUCACCUCUCAAGAUAAGCUUGUUGACACGAUGA